AUGCUCCCAUGUUGGAUUCUGCUCCUGGUAGUUGGAGUCAUAGCCUCGGACUAUGACUAUAUCAUUGUUGGCGGAGGCACAAGUGGAUUGGCUGUUGCCAACCGACUGGCUCAAGAUCCAAAGACAUCAGUUUUAGUUGUCGAAGCCGGACCAUCCGUUUUUGAUAAUGUCAAUGUGACUGACAUCAGCAAUCUUCCGUACACAUAUGACAGCCCCCUCGACUGGGCAUACGAGACAACAGAACAGAGCUUCGGCAAUCGCCGCCAGGUGAUGCGCGCGGGGAAAGCACUUGGAGGCACAAGCGUUAUGAAUGGAGCGGCCUACGUGCGAGCAGAAAAAGCGCAGAUUGAUGCCUUGCGUGAGAUUGGAAUCGAAGGCUGGGACUGGGACAGCCUGUUUCCUUACUUUACAAAAAGUGAAAAUAUGACGGCCCCUAACCAGACUCAAAUCGAGGCCGGGGCGUCCAUCUCUCCUGCUCUCCACGGCACUAGUGGGCCGGUGAACGUUGGAUUCAUGGAUAUACGGAAAGAUGAAGGUGACUUGACAGCGAGUAUGAAUAACACGUUAGUGUCACUGGGCAUUCCAUGGAAUCAGGACUUGAAUUCCGGACAUAUGCGAGGCUUCGCCCUUCAUCCUUAUACCGUUGAUGUGACGAACAUCCGCAGUGAUGCGGCUAGAGCAUACUAUUGGCCCUAUGCAGAGAGACCGAAUCUGCAGGUCGAACUGAAUACGUUUGUUACCCGGAUCGUAUGGCAGAAUAAGGAAGAGGAUAGUGAUAUUAGUGCUCAAGGAGUCGAGAUCAUCACCCAGAAUGGAGAUAGACAACGGAAGAGUGUUGUUAAUGGCCGAAAGGAAGUUAUUCUCGCAGCGGGUGCGAUGCGGACACCGGCAAUUUUAGAGCUUUCUGGUGUUGGGAAUCCUAGGAUAUUGGAAAAAUAUGGGAUUCCUGUCGAGCUCAAUCUGCCAAGUGUUGGCGAAAACCUCCAAGAUCAACUUAACACCUCUAUUGUCGUGUCCACCAAAACAUCGGUAACGGGGACAAGAACGGUUGCUUUCGCCUCGGUGUCCGAUAUCUUCGGGCCAUCAACGCAGUCAGUAGCUGACUCAGUUCGUUCACAACUUGAAGAAUAUGCCAAUAUUACCGCUAGUGGGAGCAAUGGGGCUAUGAGAAAAAAGGACCUGCUGAGAAUGUUCGAGGUCCAGCACGACCUUGUGUUCGGCAAAGAUGUCCCAGCUGCCGAAUUUGUCUUCAUAUUGGAGGACACCAACACUAUCCAUACUGGCUACUGGGGCCUUCUCCCAUUUGCACGGGGAAACGUUCACAUUAGCUCCGCCGACCCCAUGGAGCCACCGGUAGUAAACCCAAACUUCGGCCUUCUCGAGUGGGACGUCCAGAUACAAAUCGCUAUGUCCAAAUUUCUGCGUCGAAUGUUCAAGAGUGGCGACUUCAACAGUCUGAUCAGCAAUGAAACUCUGCCUGGGUUUACGGACGUUCCACAGGAUGCCUCGGACGAAGCCUGGAAGACAUGGAUAGGGGAACAAUAUACGCCAAACUAUCAUGUCAUCGGAACGACAUCUAUGUUGCCCCGCUCUAUGGGUGGAGUUGUCGACAGUCGAUUGAGGGUCUACGGUACUAGUAAUGUACGCGUAGUUGACUCCUCCAUUCAACCUCUGCAGAUUGGUGGCCAUCCAACGGCUAAUCUCUACGGUAUUGCGGAACGUGCCUCUGACAUCAUCAAGGAGGAUGCAGCAGCAGAUACUGAUAUCUGA